AUGCCUCUCAGCCGCACCCUCUUCCCUCCCGCACGCCCUCUCCCCAACCCCUCUCCCCACCCCCUCUCCCCAUACCCUCUCCGCACCCCCUCUCCCCACCCCCUCUCCCCAUCCCCUCUCCCCACCCCCUCUCCCCACCUCCUUUCCCCCACCUCCCAGCCAUGCGCCAAGUACCUGCGUGAGACAUGCGCCAAAUAUCUGCGGGAGGUGCGGCGGCUGCGGCUGCGGCGGCCGUUUCAAGUGGCGGAGUAUGGCAUGGCGCUGAUUAACAGUGCAGAUGAGCGGAGCAAGCUGGGAGAUGAAGUGUGGGAUGUGAUGGAGCAGGUGGCGAUUGCUGCCAUGGACUGCCAGCAGCUGGGCAUCGCCAAGGAGUGCAUAGGAGCCCUCAUGAUUGCAUUCCCCAACAGCAGUCGCGUGGGGCGGUUGGAGGGCAUGUGGCUGGAGGCGAAGGGGUGGUGGGAUCAGGCGGACAAGGUGUAUUCUGACCUGCUGGAGAGCAACCCGCAGGACCAACAAGUGCUGAAGCGCCAGGUGGCGGUGCUGAAAGGCAAGGGCAACAUGGUGGGAGCUAUUGGCGCACUCAAGAAGUACCUCGAAACCUACAUGGCAGACUACGAGGCAUGGAAGGAGCUAGGGGACCUUUACCUCUCGUUGCACAUGUUCAAGCAAGCUGCCUUCUGCUACGAGGAACUGUUGCUGUCGGCUCCAGUCAACCCCAUCUACCAUGUCACUUAUGCUGAGAUUCUCUAUUCAAUAGGCGGGGCAGAGAACUACCGGCAGGCCGUAUCACACUACGCUGCUGCCACUGAGUACAGCGGAGGGACCAACCUGAGGGCGCUCUAUGGCACUUGCAUGGCAUCAGCAGCACUGCGCUCAGCAGGAAAGCCAUCACGAGGCGCAGCAGCGGUGGAGGGCGAGCCAGAGGGGCUGGUGGAGGCAACAGCUGAGGCGAUCAAGCAAGAGUACCGCUUUAAACGCCCUGAGCUGCUCAAACUUGUAGUGGAGCCUGUUCUAGCGAAGCUUGUAUCGUGA